UGCAAUUUUUCUUUUCAAUGUCGUCCGCAACGUUCACGGUCCGUCUUUCUUCUUUAUUUUUCUACCGGAGCGAAUGUUUUGUUCGGUACACUGUUUUAUAAACACACAUCCCCGCCGAAGAAAGACGACCGUUGUGCGUACACCAUACUAAAAUUAAAUGUGGUGUACAAGACGUGAUUUCGUUAAAUAAUCGAUUUGAUUUUGAACGCAAUUCGUGGACAACACAAAUGAUAGAGUUUCAUAAACUUUGAGCCUAAACUCGGUUAAUGGGACAUUUCAACGAGCACCAAGUGUUCAGAAAAUGUUAUCCUACGAAAUAAUAAAUCAAGAAGAUACUGCCAUAAUAAGAGAAGUCUAUGACAAUGACAACUCGCAAGAAAUGUUUGAACAGGAAUUGGAUAAUGCCUUAGAGGCAGGCUACAAGUAUAUUAUUAUUGAACCAACUCAGUUGGCUGAUGAAACUGUCAGAUGGAUUACUGUUGGCAAUUUUCUUUCUCAAACAGCUAUCAUAUCUAGUGUUUUGUCUGCAGGAACAGCUCACUUUUGGACUUCCAAGCCAUUUUUAUAUGGUCCCUUGUGCAUGGCUUCGUUUGUAUGCACUGGACUAUAUAUGAUCUCUUGGCAGUUUGAUCCAUGCUGCAAGUAUCAGGUGCACAAGGACCCAAGAUUGAAAUCACUCCAAAAGGAAGACAACACUCCGUCAUUACCAGUGGUUAUAGAACGUGGCAGUGAUACCAAGAGGAAAAUUGUACACACUUCAGUAACAGUAGUGUCAACUGCUUAUUGUAUGUGGAAGCUGUACGAAUAUUGCAAAUAAUCUUUCAAAUUGAGAUCAAAUUUUUAUGGGAACAUGAUGGUUCAAGAACAGUCAGCACAUUUUAAAAUUAUAUUUUAUAUAUGUAUA